GCCCUGAGCUCGCUGGUCCCAGAAGGCGCCGGGUCUCCCAAGAUGGCGGCCGACGUGUCCGUUACUCACCGGCCGCCGCUCAGCCCGGAGGCGGAGGCCGAAGCGGAAACUCCCGAGACCGCCGAUCGCCGGGCGCCUGAACAAGAGCUGCCGCCGCUCGAUCCGGAAGAGAUCCGGAAACGCCUGGAACAUACUGAGCGCCAGUUCCGUAACCGCCGCAAGAUACUGAUCCGAGGCCUCCCGGGGGACGUGACCAACCAGGAAGUACAUGAUCUCCUGAGCGACUACGAACUCAAGUACUGUUUCGUGGACAAAUACAAAGGGACAGCUUUUGUGACCCUGCUGAAUGGGGAGCAGGCUGAAGCUGCCAUCAGCGCCUUCCACCAGAGCCACCUUCGAGAGCGGGAGCUGUCAGUGCAGUUGCAGCCUACCGAUGCUCUGCUGUGUGUGGCCAACCUGCCACCCAGCCUGACACAGGCACAGUUUGAGGAGCUGGUGCGGCCAUUUGGCAGCCUGGAGCGCUGCUUCCUAGUGUACAGUGAGCGAACAGGCCACUCUAAGGGCUAUGGCUUUGCAGAGUACAUGAAGAAAGACUCGGCUGCCAGGGCCAAGUCUGAUUUGCUGGGCAAGCCACUGGGCCCACGCACACUGUACGUGCACUGGACAGAUGCCGGGCAGCUGACCCCUGCCUUGUUACACUCCCGGUGUCUCUGUGUGGACCACCUGCCACCCGGCUUCAGCGAUGUGGAUGCCUUGCGCCGGGCACUAUCAGCCGUCUAUACGCCCACCUUCUGUCAGCUGGCGUGUGGCCAGGAUGGGCAGCUGAAGGGCUUUGCGGUGCUGGAGUACGAGACAGCAGAGAUGGCAGAGGCUGCGCAACAGCGGGCAGAUGGCCUGGCGCUGGGGGGCAGUCACCUCCGCGUGUCCUUCUGUGCUCCGGGUCCCCCUGGCCGGAGCAUGCUGGCCGCACUCAUUGCUGCCCAGGCCACGGCUCUCAACAGAGGCAAGGGACUCCUGCCUGAGCCAAACAUCCUGCAGCUAUUGAACAACCUGGGCCCAUCUGCCUCCCUCCAGCUGCUCCUCAACCCUCUGCUGCAUGCAGGCGCCAGUGGCAAGCAGGGCCUCCUGGGUGCGCCUCCUGCCAUGCCACUGCUCAGUGGGCCUGCCCUGUCCACUGCACUGCUGCAGUUAGCCCUGCAAAGCCAGAGCCAAAAGAAGCCUGGGAUCCUGGGAGAUUCACCUCUGGGUACCCUCCAGGCCGGCGCCCAGCCUGCCAACUCCCUCCUUGGGGAGCUGUCUGCAGGGGGGGGCCUGGCCCCGGAACUGCCGCCCCGCCGAGGGAAGCCACAACCCUUAUUACCACCACUGCUGGGCCCUUCUGGGGGUGACCGGGAGCCCAUGGGUCUGGGUCCCCCAGCAUCCCAGCUCACUCCACCCCCAGCCCCUGUGGGGCUCCGAGGCUCCAGUCUUAGAGGCCUCCCGAAGGACAGUGGGCCCCUGCCAACGCCCCCUGGGGUCUCACUGUUGGGGGAGCCCCCAAAGGACUACCGCAUCCCCCUGAACCCCUACCUGAAUCUACACAGCCUGCUUCCAUCCAGCAACCUGGCAGGCAAGGAGACCCGGGGCUGGGGAGGCUCUGGGAGAGGCCGCCGCCCGGCUGAGCCCCCUCUGCCCAGUCCUGCAGCUCCUGGGGGAAGCAGUGGCAGCAGCAGUGGCAGCAAAGCCUUCCAGAUGAAGUCCCGCCUGCUCAGCCCCAUUGCCAGCAACCGCCUGCCCCCUGAGCCAGGGCUGCCUGACAGCUAUGGCUUUGAUUACCCCUCGGAUGUGGGACCUCGACGGCUCUUCUCCCACCCUCGGGAGCCAGCCCUAGGGCCUCAUGGACCCAGCCGACACAAGAUGUCCCCGCCACCUAACAACUUCAGUGAGCCUCGGAGUGGUGGAGGCAGUGGGGGACCCCUCUCUCAUUUUUAUUCCGGUUCACCCACCUCCUACUUCACCAGUGGCCUACAGGCUGGCCUCAAGCAGAGCCACCUCAACAAGGCCGUUGGUUCCUCCCCGAUGGGCUCCAGUGAAGGGCUCCUGGGCCUCGGCCCUGGGCCCAAUGGUCACAGCCACCUGCUAAAGACCCCACUGGGCGGCCAGAAACGCAGUUUUUCCCACCUGCUGCCCUCGCCUGAGCCCAGCCCAGAGGGCAGCUACGUGGGCCAGCACUCCCAGGGCCUCGGCGGCCACUACGCAGACUCCUACCUGAAGCGGAAGAGGAUUUUCUAAGGGGUCAGCGCCAGAGAUGCUCCAAGGGCCUGCACCAAAUUGCUUUUGGGUUUUUUCUGGUAUUUGUGUUUUGUGGGAUUUUAUUUUUAUUUUUUAUGUCCUUUCUUUGGGUAAUAGAGAAAUCUCUGAAAAAGACUUUGCUGACCAACCA